AUGUCCAUCGAUAUGAAAGCUCUGAUCCAUAAGCGUGGCUUGAUUAAGAGUCAGUUAACGCGACUUAAGAAUGCCGUUGCCGAAUAUCGUCGUCGUCCCGCCGACUGUGAUCGACUUCUUCCUGCAAUGAAAAUUAGUGUUUCCAAGGUAGAAGACUCCUGGCCAGUGUUUGACGAGAUUCAAACUCAAAUCGAGCUUCUAACCGUAAACGAGGAUGCUGGAGACAAUUUCGAAGAUCCCAGUUGUAUAGAAUUUCAAAACACCUUUUAUGAAACUGUAGGCGCUGCGAGAGAAAUUAUAGAUCGAAGCCUCAUCAGUAACUCAGCGACUACGGCAAGUGUGUCAACUGUUAAUAAUGACAGCGCUCCGAGGAACACAAAUAAUUUCAGACUGCCGAAACUAGAAUUGCCGUCAUUUAACGGAUCUUACGACACGUGGUUAAACUUCCGUGACACCUUCGUCUCAAUUAUACAUUCCAACGCGAGUCUUCCCGACGUACAGAAAUUGCACUACCUUCGGUCAUCUCUUAAAGAAGAAGCUUCCGACAUUAUUGCGUCUUUAGAAACGUCGUCCGAAAAUUACUCCGUCGCAUGGAAUCUUCUGAAGGAGCGAUACGAUAAUCAGCGCAUUAUUAUUUUAAAGCACAUCGGAGAACUUCUUAACUUCACCCCACUGAUUAAGGCAAAUAAUCAAGCCAUAGGUCAAUUAGUAUGCACCUUUUCCAAGCACAUCAGAGCACUCAAGGCGCUUAAGCAACCGACGGAAGCGUGGGAUUCGAUAUUAAUCGGAAUUAUGUUAACAAAAUUCGAUACGGAAACUCGCAUUAAAUGGGAAGAAUCGUUGACUAGUACCGAUAUGCCGACUAUGAGCGAAAUGACCGCAUUUUUAGAAAAACGAAGGCAGGCUUUGGAUGCGACAGCGAUAGGAUCAAUGGAAAUUAAUGCUAAGGAACGUAAUCGCGUGCUCAGUACAGCACCACGUCAGAAGUUUAAGCAGCAAUCGUUCCUUACAACCGACUCAAAGUUUUCUUGUUCCAUAUGUAAAGGUCCACAUCAAAUCCAAGUCUGCAAGGAUUUUUUAGCCCUGUCUGUUCCAGAGAGAUAUAAUCUGGUAAAAGAGAAGAAAUUAUGUUUUAAUUGUUUGCGAUCAAAUCAUAUGGUGCAAAAUUGCAAGUGUUCUCGAUGCACAAUCUGUUCAAAGAAGCAUCAUUCUAAGCUCCAUCCUACAACGGCUCCAGCAACGAUAGAAAUCGCUGAAAAUCAGACAGCUUCGUCACAGUCCGUUACUCUGCAAGUGUCUGCAUCGACACAAGUUUUAUUAUCAACUGCAUUGGUGCACAUUUGCGACAGUCGAGGAAAGCUGCACCCAUGUAGAGUUCUGCUAGAUUCGGGAUCACAGUCGAAUUUCAUUACAGAGAAAUUAGCGACAGAUCUCCAUCUACCGAAGAAAGACGUUGAUAUUCCAGUUGCCGGACUGAAUCAGGACUUUUCAAAAAUAGAUCAUCUCGUCUCGACCACUGUGAAAUCACGAGACACUCAGUUCAAAUCCACUCUCUCGUUUCUAGUAAUUCCCAAAAUCACAGGCUAUCUUCCUGCCGAUACAGUGGAUGUGACACAAUUAAAUAUUCCGAAAAACGUCGUGCUUGCAGAUCCCGAAUUUUAUCGACCUUCACAGAUCGAUGCGUUGCUAGGGGCAGAAAUCUUUUACAAAUUACUGUGCAUUGGUCAGAUUAGAUUGCCUAAAACAGCAGCAACAUUGCAAAAAACUCAUUUUGGAUGGGUUAUUUCGGGUCGCAUACCGUGCACAGAUAUUGCGCCUACAACAUGCCAUACGUCCACUGAAGGUCUUCAAACUCAUAUAGAAAAUUUUGGGAAAUUGAAGAGAUCUCUAUUACAAACCGGUUAUCAUCGGAAGAAAUUGCAUACGAGAAGCAUUCCGAAGAACACAUUCAGCGCGAUUCGUCCGGACAAUGUAUAG